UUGACUUUAAUUUAAGAAAUAGUAAAUAUGUUUGUAAAAGAAAAAGUAAGGAUAGGAAAUUAAAUAAUAUUAUUGAUAAAUUUUGAUUCGGAAUAAAAUAUUUCAAUUACAUACCGAUUCAAAAUUAAAGAGUCUCAAAUUAAAAACUUUAAAUAUUGAAAGGAGAAAUAUUGAAAACUAUGAGAUUUAUAUUUAGUCAGGGAAGUCGGAUUCUUCAGCAAUUACAUAUCUCAAGUUUUAUAAAUGAGAUUGGCUUAGAAUAACGCUUAGCAAUAGACUUUAAAUUUGCAAAAUAUAAAUUUUAUAAGUAAUGACAUCACGUUCAAAAUUCAAACCUCAAACGGAGUUGUGUGGUGAUUGUGAGGCAUCGGAUCCAUCAUGGGCAUCUAUAAACCGCGGUAUAUUGCUUUGUUCAGAUUGCUGCUCAGUUCAUCGAAGCUUAGGUCGUCAUGUCAGUAUUGUGAAGAGUUUAAGACAAGGACAAUGGUCGCAAUCUGUUUUAAAUUUCGUCAAAAAUUUAUCACAAAACGCAAAUAGUAUAUGGGAACAUUCACUUCUCGAAACAACGAAUAAUAAGAAUAUUAGACGUAAACCUACGCCAAAAGAUCCAUUACAUCCGAAUAAAUCAGAUUUUAUCAAAGCCAAACAUUGUAACUUGCAAUUUGUUUUGAAGCCUAAUGUCCACUAUGACAAUACACCAAAUGGAGAAAAUGAGCUAAGCAAACAACUUCAUGCAAGUGUUCGUUCUGGAAUAUUGGAAACAUCGUUGCGACUUCUAGUACAAGGGGCGGACCCAAAUUAUUUUCAUGAAGAAAAAAGAUCUACACCUUUACAUGUAGCGGCUAAAUUUGGUCAAACCUCCCAAAUUGAAUUGUUAAUAGUUUAUGGUGCUAGUAUUAACGUUGUUGACGGAAAUGGGCAAACACCAAUAGAAAUUGCAAAAAAUAACGACCAUAAUGCUAUUGCUGAAAGACUGAUUGAGGCAAUGUAUGAAGUAACGGAUCGUAUAAUAGUUUUUCUUGGAGGAAAAAAACCUGAUCAUGCCUCAGGAAAACAUUUAAGUAUUCCAGAAAGAAAAAAUCUAGAAAUAAGUGAGCACUUGAAAAUAGCCCGAGGAAAGUUACAGCUGGUGCCAAACAAAAUGUUUGAAGAACUAGUAAUGGAUCUAUAUGAUGAAGUCGAUCGCCGAGAAAAUGAAGCUAUAUGGGUUACAAGUUCUCUCAACCCAGACAGUGGCGCAGUGCCUUUUCUGCCAGCAAAUCCUUUUUUAAGUGCAACCCGAAAUCAGGGCCGUCAAAAAUUGGCUCGAUUUAGUCCUAUUCAGUUUUCUGGUUUAUUAACAGACGUCUUAUUAGACGCUAGGCGACGGCAAAACAUGGCCAAUUUAAGACCAGUUAAUGCUUUACCUAGAAAGUUAAGAGUUGAUGGUGCAUCUAACUCUAAUUUAUCCGAUGAUGAACCCUUAUACGAUGAUGUAGCUGACGAUGAUUAUGCAGCAUUAACUCCUUUAAUCCACCAUGAAACUCUACACACCAAUAAUGUGCCACCUCUCAACGCUACUUCAAGUGCUUUAGUAGAAGAUCUUAGAAAACAGUUGAUUUAUUACAUGUCUGAGGUUAAUGAAUUAAAAUCAGUUGUGCACCAAUUGUCUGCAGAAAAUACUCAUUUAAAAUUGAAAUUUUCGGAAAGCCCUCAAAACGAUAGUUUUACAAAUAUUUACGAUGUUCCUUUAAGAAUUGAUGUAAAUGAAAAAGAUAAUGAUCAAAUGGAUGAUGGUUCAUCAUCAAGUCAAGGAAACUCACAAUCCACAGCAAAGCGACCUGCCAGUAUGUACGAAACAAGACCAGCUAAUGUCAUAAAAAAUCCUGUUGAAUCAUGCCGAACAGCAACAAGUAUGUACCAAAUUGGAGGUGGAGAAAAGAAAGCAAACGAAGUUCCAGUAAACUUUGCUGAGGAUGUACGCAGUCGAAUAGAUGUUAUAACAAAACGUUUAAAGGAACUAUGUGUCGCAAUGCAAGAUAUUCAAAAUCAAAAUAACACAUUCGUUCCAUGCGCAGAACGUAUCAAAGUUGCUGUCGGAGAUUUGAUUUCAUUAUUUCCAUUAGAUAAUUGUAACGAGACUAUUUCAGUUGCCAUAAAACAAUUGAAUGUUUAUACAAGUUUAAUGCAAAAAGAAUGCGAAAAUUUGGCAAAGUCUAUUCAGACAAGUGACAAUCCAGCAAUUGAAGCUUUUAUACAAGAAGUUCGCGAUUGUGCUUUACAUUUAGCCAGUGCAACUAAGACACUUGUAAUACAAUUUCAAUAAUAUUACUGUUUUUUUCUUAAUUUUAAGAGAAGUUUAAUAAGAUUAAGUUUUUGUUUGUAUAUUAACCAGUAAUUCUUGUAUUUGAUUUAAAAGAAAUUUUUAAACUUUAGAAUAAAAAAUCAAUUACUCAAAUAUUUUCUGA